UAAGCAACGCUACUGCAAGUUCAUUCAGUAUUAUUCGUAAUACCGGGGUAUUCUCAUCCUUCGGUUUUAAUGUCGGUUCGAAUAUCCAUAUUCAUCAAUAUCAGAAACCCCCCAAAAAAAGAAAGAAAAAGAAAGAAAAGACCCUCUCAAAACAUUGAAGUAAUAGCGGAAUCACAGAGAGUAGGAAUAAAUCAACAAUGGCAAACGAAGAGUGGGAGGUUCAAAGUCAUCAUCUCAACAUUGAUGAAGGAGAUGCAGCGGUGCACCUUCUCAUUAAGCACACGACGGCACGCAGAAACACAGUCAGCCGAAUCGAGAAAGCCGUGUUGAUCGAUGGCGGUCGUGUCGAGGGCCAGGGCCAUAUAAAGAGCAUGGUAAACCACCUCAGGCACGGCGGCGACUAUGAUAACCAAUUGCAAUAUUUCGAUACGAUCGUCAUCACGCACUGGGACGGCGACCAUGUAGGAGGGAUCAACGCGUAUUUCAGGGAAGAGAUUACACGUGUGACGCUUAAAUAUGUCGAGGAGGAGGAAAUCGAGGAUGUCGACGUACUCCAGAGACGUAUCGACAGAAACUUGGUACCCUUCACCGGCGCCUGGAACAAAAGCUUCACCCAUAUCUACGCGCCUUACUGGAAUGUUGAAGAUUCCAACACGGAGAAAUAUAAGGAAGUGACCGCGGAGCCACCAGGCCACUGGGAGUUCACGGAACUUCCAAAUAACGUAUAUCAACUCCGGCUCAGGUAUACGUGGGGGGAUAAGGGAGACUUCUGGGUUCCUGUCGGGGUUUUGGGAACUGGCAAGUCCCUGCUGGGGAUGGACUUCUUCACUCAUCAACGGCCAUACACGAACGCGCAUGAAGCGGAAUCCCCGGGGACAGUGAGUAAACGUCUUAGGGGAGCCUCGCCCGUCAUGUUCUGCGUUGCUGUCGAUAUGAUAGUCUGUGCUCAGAAAAAGGUCCAAGACAGAAAGGACCAUAUGGAAUGGGAUAAAAAGAAUCUAAACAAUAUCCAACUCAAAAUGGCCAAGCAUAGCCAAUCCAUGGGGUUUCCGAAGAUAAACGACAGCAAGGGACACAGAGCACAAGGUGAAGUCAACCCAUCGAGUAUCACAGGCAAUACUACCGGUAACAACGAAGCCUCAAUUGGCUGUAUGAUCAUCUGGCCUAACAAUGCUGGUCCAAGAGUUACGCACUGUUUCUUCGGGGAUAUGGGCGAUGAAAUGGAAGAGAAUAUCCUCCUCUGGGCAACGGAGGUCACGUCAGAUGGAGUGACUCGUACUCCAGUCAAAAUGGACUGUAUCAAGUUGUCUCAUCAUGGUCAAUAAACCCUAUUACCCAUUACCCACAUUGCUUUCCAGAUUGGCUCAACUGACAAAAGGGACUCACUCCUAGGCGCCAAAUUCUCCACUCCAGUCCUCAUGCUUCCAGCCUGGAAACCAGA